GUAUGCAUUAUGAAGCUCCUUCUAAAUCAACUUUUAACUAGUUUAUAUAGCUAGUUUAAACUUAAAAUGCUUCAGACAAAAUCCAGAUACAGAGAAAGUUAGGUUUAAGUUAAUCUAGUUUAUUUAGCCCAGGUUUUUCUCCCCACUAAACUUUUCUUUGAAUCUUUCUAAAAUGCCGGUGAACAUGGCUGGAUGCACCACAGACUGCGUGGAGAAGCCGAUCUCCAUCUGCUUCCAGAAGUUCGGUCGCUUUGUGGGAACUUACCCGUGGUGGUUCUUCAUCUCUCCUCUGUUCAUCUCUGCGGUGUUGGGGAGUGGGUUUUAUUUCUUAGAAGAUCGUGAGGCCAAUGACAUUGAGGAUUAGUUCACACCUGUGAACGGUCCUGCCAAACUGGAGAGGCAGUUCGUGCAGCAGAACUUUCCGAAGAACGACUCGGUGUUCUCCAACCAGAGACUCUACACGGAUGGAGUUUACGCGUCCUUCAUAGCGGUGUCAAGAUCCUCCAACAUCCUCACAGACGCUGUUUUUCAGGAGCUCGUAACUUUAGACAGAAAGGUCAAGGAGCUGAAUGUGUCCAUGGGUCACGAGGCGCUCACUUUCGAGGGACUUUGCGCAAGACUAUACAAGAAAUGUACACCCAAUAAGAUAUUGGAUAUUUACAAAUAUUAUGGUAAUGAUUUAGAAACGACCGAGCUCACCUUUCCGUUCUUUCGUUUCGGAUUCUCGUACAUUUUCUUGGGCUAUUCGGUUGGUGGAGUGAAUAUAAAAUCUUCUGUUAUUAAAAGUGCAAAAGCAGUGCGCCUGUUUUAUUUCCUGAAGGAGGAUAAUCGCUCCAGAACAGAUUUAUGGCUGAAUGAGUUCCUCAAGGUUUUUCCCUCCAAUUUAUCACUAAACUUCAUUAAGGUGACCCAUUCCACAUCUUUGUCAAGGCAGGUGGAAUUUGAGGCAAACACAAAGGAUGUAAUUCCUCUCUUCUCUAUCACAUACGUCAUUGCCAUUGCAUUCUCCAUUCUCUCUUGUUUGAGGUUUGACUGUGUCAGAAACAAAGUAUGGGUUGCUACGUUUGGGGUGUUCUCUGCUGGACUCGCUGUUCUGUCCUCUUUUGGGAUGAUGUUACACAUUGGUGUCCCAUUUGUCAUGACAGUUGCUAAUUCUCCAUUCUUGAUAUUAGGGAUCGGAGUGGAUGACAUGUUCAUCCUCAUUUCCUGCUGGCAGCAGACGAAUGUUCACGAUCGAGUGGAGUCUCGUCUGUCUAAUACGUACAAAGAGGCAGCCAUUUCGAUCACCAUCACCACGUUCACAGACGUGCUCGCUUUCUACAUCAGCCUCAUGACGCCCUUCCGCUCCGUCCGCUCUUUCUGCUUGUACACCAGCACCUCUAUCCUUUUCUGCUACAUCUACAGCAUCACAUUUUUUGGAGCGUUCCUCGUUCUUAACGGACGGCGAGAAAACAGCAACAAGCAUUGGCUGACCUGCAAGGAAGUACCAGAGGAGUGUCCAGUGGGUCAGUCGAAGUGGUAUGAAUUAUGUUGCGUUGGAGGCGCUUAUGACCCCCAUACUGGCACAGAGGAGGUACAACCAAUGAAUCACUUCUUUAAAAAAUACUACGGUCCAUUUCUGACGAAAUCGUGGACGAAGGUCUUUGUGAUUGUGUUGUAUUGCAUCUAUUUGAUUAUCAGCAUUUAUGGCUGCUUCCAAAUUCAAGAAGGAAUUGAUCUCCGUAAUUUAGCAGCUGACGAUUCUUACGUGGUGAAAUAUUAUGACAACGAGAAGGCAUAUUUCUCUGAAUAUGGGCCAAACAUCAUGGUUGUCAUCCGACGGGAAUUUCCAUAUUGGGAUGAAAAGUACAUGUCAGAUCUUGAAACUUGCAUUGAAGAUUUCAAAAAUGUAUCUUUCAUUGAAAAGGAUAUAUUCACCUCCUGGAUCAAAUCAUACAAGUACUAUGGAUAUCACGCCAAACUCAAUCUGAGUGCCGAAGACGUCUUCAAAGAUAAUUUGGGAAGAUUUCUGCGAUUUUAUUCCGAUUUCAAACAGGACGUCAAUUUCACCAACAACUCCAUUUACGCGUCUCGCUUCUUCGUACAGACCGUAAAUAUCUCUACCGCCCUGGACGAGAUGAAUAUGUUGAAUAAGUUAAGAGAGACAGCACAAAAGUGCCCUGUGCCUUUACUAGUGUACCAGCCCGCCUUCAUCUACCAUGACCAGUAUGCGGUGAUAGUCAGCAACACCAUCCAGAACAUUGCGGUUACAACAGCUGUAAUGUUGCUCAUCUCCCUUCUCCUCAUCCCAAACCCUCUGUGCUCUCUCUGGGUGACUUUUUCCAUCGCAUCUGUCAUUGUGGGGGUCACUGGGUUCAUGGCAUUGUGGGAUGUUCAUUUAGACACCAUCUCCAUGAUCAUUCUUGUCGUCUGCAUUGGUUUUUCUGUAGACUUCUCUGCUCAUAUAUCUUACGCCGUUGUCUCUAAUAAGAAACCCAGUGCAAAUGAAAAGGCCGUCGAGGCCCUGUUUAAUUUAGGGUACCCUAUUUUGCAGGGGGCUGUGUCUACUAUUCUUGGGGUGGUUGUGUUGUCUGCCUCGAAGAACUAUAUCUUUAGAACUUUCUUUAAAAUUAUGUUCUUGGUGAUCUUCUUUGGUCUCUUGCAUGGCUUAACAUUUAUCCCAGUUUUUCUGACCUUUUUUGAGAUGUGUAGUGGCACACCAGCUAAGAACAAGUCGGGCCCAGAAGAGCAGGCCAUGAAGAACAGCCACACCAAUAAUAUUCAAGCAAAGGCAAAGGAUGGUGAGCUGAAAGAGCGAGAAAUUUACGACAGUCAUACUUUUCCACCAGACAAUCACCAAACAUGUCAGUCUCAGCCCUGCUCUGCCAUAUGGAUGAUAACCGACAAUAACCAUCAUGUUCAAGAUAACCACAUGCGUGUAGCAAGUACUAUCCCAAUGUUCAGAGUGGACAGUCAGACCUAUGAGGUUCGCAUGUAUACACCAUCUGAUGAUGCCAUGUUAAGAGUCAAACGUCAAUCAAAACAGUGCCCAGAAGGCCAAAAUUGUGUUUUAGGAAAUAGUAACCACAUUCAAGAUUCAAAUGUGCCCACUCUUAACGGUUCUGAUUUGUCCAUUUUGUAAAAUCCCUAUACUUUAUUAUCUUUAAAAAUAUGUUUGUAUGUGUACCACCUUUUCUAUGUUUAAAUUAAAAUUACAGAGGUAAAUCUAAAUCAACAAGGUGACAACAUGACACUUUUUUUUUUUUUUUUUUUUUUUAAAA